GACAAAGUUCAAAGAGGUGCACGGAUCAUCAAGGAUGACUCGAAACACCCGCGGAGCGCGCGCGGGGGGGUCAGAGGAGCUCAGUGCACGAUCCGUGCGCUGAUUUCCCCUCGGGACGCGACAUUGAUGAAGACAAGUCUCCGUCACUUGGAACCGGACCCCCCCGCGCCGCCCUGCCUGUGGACGUGUACCAUGCGGGGACGGACGUGCGUGAUGGAGGUCAUGCUGCUCACCAUCCUGUCGUGCGUGUGCGUGUGGGCGGAGGACAAGAUCAUCUUCGACAGGCACGCGGUUUACUGGAACAGCUCCAAUCCCAAGUUCUGGCAUGGAGAAUACAGAGUGGCGGUGAACAUCAACGACUACCUGGACAUUUACUGUCCGUUCUACGAGGGCCUCCCGUCCCACGGCCGCAUGGAGCGCUACAUCCUGUUCAUGGUCAACCACGAGGGCUACACUUCGUGCCAGCACAGGAUGCGUGGCUUCAAACGCUGGGAAUGCAACCGUCCCACUGGUCCAGACGGGCCGCUGCGCUUCUCUGAGAAGUUCCAGCUCUUCACUCCCUUCUCGCUGGGCUUCGAGUUCAGGCCCGGCCACGAGUACUACUACAUCUCAUCUCCUCACCCAAACCACGUGGGGCGGGCGUGUCUAAAGCUGAAGGUGUAUGUCAGACCUCCAGAUGGGUCGGGGUAUGAUUCUCCAGAGCCGUUUCUGACCGACGGUGUCCCAGGGUCCAGGGCAGGGUGCGUGGCCCUGAUAGCAGCUCUGGCCUCACCGUUCCUGGAGCUCCUCCUCGGACUGUGACCCUUCUCUUGUCUCUUCCUGGAGCUCCACGUUCCAGGACGACAGGCUGGGCUGGCUGUCCCUCUAAACUCACCACCCCUCAGGGAAGCCCUCUUUUCUGCCCCCUUUUUCUUCCCACCUCCAUCUCAGUCUGACCACCAACCACCCCUACUCCUCUGCCAGCUCCUUUGUUGGCCCAGCCUCAGACACCCUUCCAAGGCAUGGCAGCGAGCACUGGAGGAUUUGAGGCCAUCUGAGAAGA